GCGGCGCGGCGCGGCGCGGCGCGGUUUCGGCUUCUCGACUUCGGAAAUGGCCGCGGGAAAGUAGAGAGCGGAGCGUUCGUCGCUGACUGGCUGGCAGGCAGGCAGGCAGGCAGACAGGCAGGUUGGUUGGUUGGCCGGGUCGGAUCGGUCGGUCGAUCGUGUGCUCCAAGUUUUCGGGACACCGCGGGCUCGUUUAUCCGGCCGCAUUUCGAGGGCGCGCGGAGGCGCGCGCGCGAUCGAUUCACGCACCAGACGAUCUCGGAGACCAGCGUGAGAUGUGAAGAGCGGCGCGUCACACCGACGUCAGACCUGCGAACGAGACGACGUUGGAAACGGAAACGAUCCUCGACGCUAGUGACGGAGAGUGGUGGGAAGUCUCCCGUGGGAAACGGUUCCUCGCUCGGUCCGUUCGGGAGAAGAGGAUGGCCGGCGAGGACAACGGGACGACGACGAACAAUGAGAUCCUCGGCGAGAAGAGUGGGGAUGAGGGGCAGGGAACGUCAGCGCGAAGGGAACUGCAUUCCAGAGUGGGCGGCAUUCUGGAAUGCGAUCCCUCCGGUAACAGGAAUUCGUCGAACGAGCGAGCCGCCACCACCGCCAUCACCGCCACCGCCACCGCCACCGUCACCGCCGCUGCCACUGCCGCUGCUGCUGCUGCUGCCGACAACGAGGACGGUAUCUGCCGAUAUGCGGUCGGCGUUGCUAACCGCGCUAUGUCUUUCUUCGAGAUUCGAUUUCAAUAUCUCUUUCCACAAUUGGGUCCACCUCCACGUUAUUACAAUAUCCACGACGACUCCAUAGAAUCGACCGCGCAGAUCCUGGCCAAUGAUGUAAUACGGUACUUAUUGAAGGAGGAUAUCUAUCUUAUAUCGCAGGAUCCAGUCUCACGUAGUAUGAGGCACAAUGUGUAUCAAAUGCUCAACAAGCACAGCAUUCUUUUUACGAGUAUGGUAAAUCGUUUAAACGUCGUCCCGGAUACUGCUUACGAAACAUUUGUGGGAGUCGCCAACGAGUUGUUCUUACACGAUGUUAUCACAUGGGCCAGGAUUGUCUGUUUAUAUGCUUUCAUGGGUAGAUUAGCUUUAUGGGCCAGGGACAGAAGAAUGCAUAGUCUCAAAAAGAAACUGCCGUUAUAUGUCUCUAGAUACGUUGGUGAAAACAUAACACAUUUCAUCAAGGGCUACGGUGGAUGGGAACAGCUGUGUGUCGAGUAUCCCGUUGCCGAAGAAAUUAGCGGAGCGGUUUGGCGGAGUUUAUUAAUGACAGGAGCCACUCUUGGCUUGGUCGCCACGAUUUUGUCGGUAACUUCCUGAUGGGGCCUCACCGGACCAUAUGACCUGAGUACGUUUUGUCCAAGAAGCUCUCGCGUACUUACGUUCUUUAAGAACGCGCUCGAAAGAAAUUGUAAAUAGAUUUCUGUAGCGUACGCACAAUGUUACAACAUUUUACACGGACAUCGGAACGAUUCGAUUCAAACGGAGCGCUUGCUACGUCUAUACGAAAAACAUUCAAGAUUAACAAAAGAUACAUCAACGCGUUGACAUACAUAAUUUUCAUAUCAAUGUCACUCGGCUUAGAAUCAUCCUACUUUUUAUAUAACUCCAGUGAACAUACAUAGCAUGAGCGACAGACAAUGACGCUAGUUUCCUAUUACAAUACCUUAUAACAGACUAGUGAAAUUAUUAGAAUAUCUUAUUUAUAUAAUUCUAAUAAUAGACGUUUUAUAUUAAAGCAAUUCCGAAUAAUAAUACUCAAAAUUGAAGAAAUUUGUAAAAAUUUACAAACGAAAUAAGAAUCUCGAAAUUGUAUUGAAUUUAGGUAGACGCAAUCUAUUUAUUUAUAAUUUAUUUUAGGUAGAGAAUAUAUUAAAUAAUAAAUUUUUUCGAAUAUCUUUGGUCAGAGACCCGAUCGCAAUCAUACACUUUUAAACUUUAAGGAAUAUAUGUAAUAUGAAAAAGAAAACGAUGGUUUUCGAAAACCAUAAUGUAUAUUCAAAUAAUGGCUACUUUUUUAUAUGUUGAUAUAUUCUAUUUACACUCGCAAAAAUUUUAUAUGCAUAUUCAGAAUAAAUACUUUUAUAAAAUAACGAUCCUUCUCCUACAAUCAUUAUUGAAACAAGAGAAAAAAAUAGAAAAGAUAUAAAAAUACAUAUUAUGAACAUAAUUAGUUUAUCAAUCUUUAUCAAUUCUGAGAAAAGAUGGAAUCUAAUUUUUUUGUACCUGUUAGUAUAAAAUAUAUACAUGAAUUAUUCGUGUUUGCUGAAAUGAAUAAUUUUUCGUACAUUAUCAAGUACCGUGCUAUCAAUGGAAAGUUACAGGGUAGAGCACAAGUUAUUGUUAUGCAAAUUUAAAUAUAGGUUUAUGAAACAAUUAAUCCUUUUACAAAUAAAACCGCUCAUAAAAUAAUGCAAAGACUUAUUUAAAUGACGUAAGUACUUUUGUUUUUUUGGAGGACAUCGAGUCAACAUCGUUAGAGGAUUUAAUGUAUCAUAAAUUAUAAGUGAUGUUUUAAUAUACUGUUAUAUAUUGUGAGACAAAGGGGAUCAGUUUUAAUAUUACGAAAUACUAUAAGCAACAUACUUUCGAUGUAUAUAUGUUUGCAAAUAAUCAAAAAUCCUAACUUCAU